CCCAUAUCCCUCCAGAACUUGACACCUUGACCCAUCACCCAUCAGCACGCUCGCUAGCUAGCUAGUAGCUAGCACCAGUUCACCACACUGCACUGGUGGAGCAGAAGCAGGAGGAGCCGAGAGGAGGAGCAGAAGCACACGAGCGCGAGCGGCAGUAGGUGUUGAUCAUGCGCGUGUUUGCCGCAGCUCCUGUGUGUUAGAUGGCACGUGCGCGUUGAGUGACAUGUACAACCCGGAGCAGCAGCCGCCGCCGCCAUCGCACCCCAUGGCGCCGCCGCGGAUGUCCUUCUCGAGCGACUUCGCCCUGGAGCCGCCGCCGCCGCGUGGCCCGCCGGGGCGCGCGGACGCCGACUUCGAGUUCUCGCCGGUGGGCAGCCGGCCCAUGAUGGCCGCGGACCAGCUCUUCUCCAAGGGCCGCAUCCUGCCGCUGCGGGAGGCGGCGCGGGCCCCGACGACCCUGCGCGACGAGCUGCGCGCGCACGACGCCGCCGCCGGCGCCGACCGCGGCGCCACCCGCCGCGGGCCGCGGUGGAAGGAGCUCCUCGGGCUCAAGAGGGCGCACAACAAGAAGGGCGCCGGGCCAGCCGCCGACGCUCACGUGGAUCUUGGAGAACAUGGAGAGGCAGGAGAGUGAAGCCAGCAGAGACCAUCACUUGGUUAGUGCAGCAUGUAGCUGAAGCGUGACAAAGUAACUACUGAGGCAAACUUUGGUGUUGCAGAGUUCUAGCUAGCAUUGAUCUUCCACAGUUCACCGUCGUCUAACUUUCCAUGCCCUUCACUAGUUGGGGAAGGAAGAGACCUAAGGCCAUUUGACCAUUCCCAUUCACCAAUUGCUUCCUUUCUGGCAUGUGGGAAGGCCUUUCCCUGGACAGUGGAAACGAAGAUCUUGGACUUUUGAUACGACUCUUUUUUUUGGGUGGUAGGAUCGAGUAAUGGCUAAUGAAACGUUGAGAUUGUUUUCAGUUAGAUGAGUUCUGUUUUUUCCUCUUUGAUCUGGACGGUCAACUGAUUGUAUUUCCCGGCCGGGUGUAGUCCGUAGGAUUAGUCGUUUGUGUGCUUCACUCUCAACCUGUACAAAAUGUCUUGUCCGUAGAUUUUGGAUUCCGUGAAAAGAAAAUGGUAAUGAAAAAUGGGUUAUGUGAUCCGAUUUGUAAGUUUUUAA